GCCCAUUUCCACUUCUCCUUGUUGCAGCAGCAGGCUACCGCAGGUUUCGUUAACCAAGCACUUUUUUCUUCACACUCCUUACCAUCAUCAUGGGUGACGUCGAGAAGGGCAAGAAGAUCUUCACUCAGCGCUGCGCUCAGUGCCACACCGUCGAGAAGGGUGGUCCCCACAAGACCGGCCCCAACCUGCACGGUCUCUUUGGCCGCAAGACCGGCCAGGCCGCCGGCUACGCCUACACCGAGGCCAACAUCAACAAGGGUGUUGUCUGGGGUGAGGACACUCUCUUCGAGUACCUCGCCAACCCCAAGAAGUACAUUCCCGGCACCAAGAUGGUCUUCGCCGGCCUCAAGAAGAAGGGUGACCGCAAGAACCUCAUUGCGUACCUCAAGGAGGCCACCGCUUAAGCAGCCCCUUGUCGCACUUCGGUCCAUUGCAGCUCCUCUCUUGCUCUUUACCCCCUUUGGGGUGCUUUGACUCUCCUUUUGUUCACAUUAGACACCCGCCUCUAUGCUCUCCCUUGCACUCUUCUCUUUUUGCCUGUUGUUUGCUUUGUGUGCUGCAUCCCGCUCUGCUCGCCCUUUGCAUCCAAUGCUAUCUCCUUUCUCCCUCUCUUUCUUCUGUCUUGGAAGGUUGCGGUACAGACCCUGGCUCAUCACGCACGCCAAGACGUUGUGUGCUUGACCCAGUAAAGCCUACACCUGCCGACGUGAUUCAGAAGCAGUGACCAAAAUGACUA